AUGCCUCAAAAAUUUCGUUGUGGUCGUUUAGUUUUAGCUCGAAAUGGAGCCGCAAAAAAGCUUCAUCUUUCACGUGGUGGUGGUACUCGUGAUUGUAAAUUAAGUCAUAUUGAUAUGGGCUUUGAGGAAAUUCAUGAUAAACUUCGUGAUAUUUUUGCAUUAAAUGGAACUAAUCGUGUUUCAAUAUUAUAUGAUUUUCAACGUAAGAAAUUAGAUACUAAACGAUAUCCAAAUUUUUAUGAAUAUGUCAGCAAAAAUGGUUUAAAAUUCAAUGGUACUUUAUUAUAUUUAUGUACUACUGCAGCAAAUGAACGUACUACUAAUUCCACAUCAUCUGAACAAAGAACAACAACAACACAAAAUCAACCUCAAGUACAACAAAAAACUCUUCGUGUUGAACCUGAUUCUUGUAGAUCAUCAGUUGUAAUUAAAAUUGAUGAUGAUGAUGCCCAACACAAUAAUAGUUUAACUAAUCAAGUUCCAUCUAUGAAUCCUUUAGCCGAAAAUCUUCGAAUAUUUUUAUCAACAUCAUUUUCAAAUUAUUCAUUUGAUAAAUCGUUAAACGAAUUUGUUGAUUAUUUACUUCAUUUAGUUACUCAAUAUAAGCAUGAGAAUAUAUUUCUUCAAAUAUUCGAAUUGAUCUGUGAUAUUCGUGGUCGUUCAUCGAAUAAUUUAGAUCGAUUAAAAAAACAAGUUCAAUUAAUAGAUGAUAAACAAAUAUUUGAUGAUAUAUUUGAUAAAGUUGAAAAAUCAUCUCGAUUAGUUAAAUCAUUAAUAGAAUUAAAUAAAAUUAAAAUGUCUCAUAUUGAUCCACAUUCAAUAAUUAUUGAUGCAUUUAAUCAAUUUCAUCGAAAUUUCAACAUCGUCAAAAAAUGUCGACUCUUGAUUAUAAAUUAA